AUGCGGCUGGUGUACGUCACAGUGGCUGCGCUAGUUAACCUUUUAGCUCGUAGUGACGCAAUCUCACCUGUUGUCGAUCCGAAGGUUGUUCUUGGGCCCGAUGUCGCUCCAGUGGAUCUCGUGGUGGACGGCCACGCCGACGGAGUCAACACGGAGAGACUUUGGCAGGACGUUCGUGAGCACAACGACUCGAACGCGGUACAAGUGGGCAAUGAGGAGAGAUUCUUCGGCAUCGCUGACAAAGUUAAGCUGCUAUUUACGAAGGUGCGGCAAAGUCUUUCGGUGGGGAAGGCCGCGGGCGUAGCGGUUACAGCUGCGAGUACAGCUAAAGCGCAAGCUACUGAUCUCGCUGUACGACUUAAGGCAACCACUGAUAUGUCUCUGAUAGAGGUAGCACGGCGCUGGAACCAGUUGCGCAACUCGCCAACCUCUCAAAUGACCAAGAUCAAACUUAUGGAGCUUGUACAGACGGUCAUCGAUGUGCUGACGGUCGCUACGAUUCAAUGCAAGCUGGCGAUCGCAUCGAAGUACAGAGCGGUCAUGGGUGGUCUUCCGAACAAGUCGGAUUUGGUUCGGAACAUGCUGGCUGCCCAUCUGGCUGUCGUAGGUAUCAUUACAAAGCUUGAUAAGCAGGUGGAUAAAUUGAUACGAACAGCUGCGAUGUUCAUUAUCACAGUGCAAUUCAAAAAGCAGGCAUCCAUAUUGGAGGCGACCGCCAUUCGUUUCUUCAACAAGUUGUCACCGCGCAGGAAGUUUUUUUCGACCCGCUCGACAGGAAAGGCUAAGCGUACGAGGUUUGCAGAGAGAGUCACGGACGUGAUCGUCCAAGUUGCAUAUAAGGUGACAAAAGUGGUGCUUAAAAAGCUCUCAUCAAAGUACCGGUUGACGUUCGAUAAUUAUCUGGGCAACUCAGCAUCGCACCAGAAAAAAAACGCCGUCGGCUGGACCGCUAAUCCCAUUGCUAAGCUUUCGGAGCUUGCUGAAACGAUUACACACACGAUAGUGAUGACCGCGCUAUCGAAAGCAAAGGCAAAAUUAACGAAACGAAUAUCACGACUCAAGGCGACCACCAAGAAAUUUGUGCUCACGACGGCACCGCAUCGGAUAAAGAAGGGUACCGAUCCUUUUGUGAAAAAAAUUCAAUCCAGAUUUGCGAAGUUUCUAGAAAACAUGAACGGCCCCAUGAUGGCAAUAACGGCAUCGAUCAAAACACUGCUGGAUAAGCUGAUCCUUAGAUUCAAGUGA